AUGGAGUCUGGGUCAAGUUCUUUUCGAGUGGAAUUUCCAGAUUUUUCUAGCACCAUUUUGCAGAAGUUAAACCAGCAGCGCCAGCAAGGACAGCUGUGUGAUGUGUCUAUUGUCGUCCAGGGCCAUCUCUUCAGAGCCCACAAAGCUGUUCUUGCAGCCAGUUCACCGUACUUCUGUGAUCAGGUUCUCCUGAAAAACAGCCGGCGAAUAGUCCUUCCCGAUGUGAUGAAUCCCAGAGUGUUUGAAAACAUUCUUCUGUCUACCUAUACAGGCCGUCUGGUAAUGCCUGCGCCGGAAAUUGUCAGCUACCUGACAGCAGCCAGUUUCCUCCAGAUGUGGCACGUAGUGGAUAAAUGCACCGAAGUGCUGGAGGGGAACCCAACGGUUCUGUGCCAGAAGAUGAACCAUGGCAGCGACCACCAGUCCCCGAGCAGUAGUAGUUACAAUGGCCUUGUUGAAACCUUUGAACUUGGCUCUGGAGGACAGACGGAAUUCCACAAAGUGCAGGAACUGAGGGAUGGCGAAAAUGAAGAGGAGAGCUCUAAAGAUGAGCUGUCUUGUCAGCUGACGGAACACGAGUACCUUCCCAGUAAUUCUUCAACAGAACACGAUCGACUCAGCACUGGAAUGACGAGUCAGGAUGGCGAAGAAGGAACUAGCGAUAGCGCAGAGUACCAGUAUACCAGGCCCAUGUAUAGCAAACCCAGCAUCAUGUCUCACAAGCGGUGGAUCCAUGUGAAACCGGAAAGAUUUGAACAAGACUGUGAAGGUGUUGAUAAUCCUUACGAUGAACACCAGGUCUCGGAGUCCAUGAAUGCCGUUCAGGCAGACCAUCCGAUCCAGUCUUCAGGCGUUGAAGACUUCCACAUAGGUGACAAAAAGAUGGAAGCGGAAUUUGAUGAACAGGCAGAUGACAGUAAUUAUGAUGAACAAGUUGACUUCUAUGGCUCUUCGAUGGAAGAAUUCUCUGGUGAAAGGGCAGACGGAAAUGUAGGUGCUCACAGACAGGAUCUUAUGAUAGCAGCAGGCUACGGCGAAGGCAUUGAAAUGGCUGCGGGAAUUAAAGAAGAAACGUCCCUCACUGGAUUCUCGCACGCUGACAAGCUCUACCCUUGUCAGUGUGGUAAGAGCUUUACACACAAAAGUCAGAGAGAUCGACACAUGAGUAUGCACCUUGGUCUUCGACCUUACGGCUGUGGUGUCUGUGGUAAGAAAUUCAAAAUGAAACACCAUCUUGUAGGCCACAUGAAAAUUCAUACGGGCAUAAAGCCGUACGAGUGUAACAUCUGUGGGAAAAGAUUUAUGUGGCGGGACAGUUUUCAUCGGCAUGUGACCUCUUGUACCAAGUCAUACCAAGCUUCUAAAGCUGAGCAGAGUACUACUGAGAUGAGCUAAGAUAUUAGUGCUUACGUUCGUUUAGUGGAGUAAGCAAAAUAAACUAAUUAUGC